AAUAUAAUACAGCUUACGACAUGUUGAAAUGACGCCUCGGGCAAUAGAAUAUGAAACUAUAAGUCAGUUGAUACCGUGAAAGCACUGGAUUCGCUGACAGGGAAAAAAGUAUAAGUGUUUGGGGAUUUUUUUUUAAUUUGGAAUAAUUCCAAGCCAAAGGAUGGCGGGGUUCCAGUGUUUUCUUGCACGGAUUUUCGUGCUUUGUGUCUUAGUUUUAUCAGUGACAAUAGAAGCCAGAUUGAAACGUGGAAAAUAUGAAUUCUUAGAAUCGUUUUGUACUGGACCAGAAAUUUAUGUAGCGAUACCUUGGGAUUGUUCGGGAUAUGUUCACUGUUCAAAUUUAGGUUCUCAGAGAGAUGCUUAUUGGAUAGAAUGUCCCCCUAACUUAUACUAUAGUAUGGAGGCACAAACAUGUAUGUGGCCAAAGGAUAAUUCAAGGCCAUGCCCUCCUCUCAAAGAUAUCAUUGAGAAGUACUGUUUGGACCAUCCUAAUAUACGUUUCCAGAGUCCCGAUCAUUGUGCACAAUACUACGACUGCCGGGACGCAUCAUUUACCCCGGGGCUGGGCCCCUACCUUAAAGAAUGUCCCUUUCCUAAACUUUACAACCCAUCUACAAAUAUGUGCGCAGAGAGAUCAAUAGUGAAUUGUUUGGACAGGUUUACACCAACGAAUAAAUGCGACUAUGUUCAGCACGCUGGAUCCGGUGUUAAUUGCGAGGCCAUUGGCACGCCGGGAUGCAGUGGUAUGCCAGACGGACCAAAUCCCUACCCGAACCGUCUGAUGACAGAAUACUACCUUAUGUGCCAAGGGAAUAGAACGAUUAGCACACAGACAUGUACAAAUGGAGAUCUGUUCGACCCAAUUAAAUUGAUGUGUACUAAAGAUCUUGAUAUGUUAUCCAUUGAAAUAUACUGUGCUCAACAUAUGAAUGAGCGGACGGCGAACCCCGCAAACUGCGCACGUUUUUACGACUGCCGCCCAGCAGUAAUUCAUCCAGAAUUAGGUCGCCACCAGGGGGAGUGUCCGUAUCCUAUGUUAUACUCUAAAAUGACCUCAAAGUGCGAGAAUUUCGAACAAGUACAGUGCCUUACAAGAUACGAACCCGUAGCACCUUGUGAAUAUGCAAGUACAAUCGGCGGAAGCACCAUGCAGAACUGCAUGGCAACCUACUAUACAUGUGUCGGCCUACCUGACGGCGCAAAUCCGAUCCCCGGUGGCGGCAUUGCUACGAAAUACAUAAUGUGUUUAUCGGACAGAGUAAUGGAUGUUAAAUCAUGUCCGAAUGGGAACACGUACGAUCCUAUGCUGAGAAUCUGCACACAGACAGCCGAACAGGGAUUGAUUGCCCGCCAGUGCCAACAAAAUCCUAAUGCUAUAAUUCCGGAUCCAGACAACUGCGCACGCUACUUCAACUGCAGCCAAAUGUUUACACAGCCAAGUCUCGUGAAAUAUCAGGCGGAGUGUGAUUAUCCGUUACUUUUCAACUCACAAACAUUGAUGUGUGACGACUUCGAAAUGGUGAAUUGUGGGACAAGAAUGGAACCUAAAGCACCAUGUGAUUACCUUUCAACAACUACCAAGUGUGAAGGUCCACUAUGCGCGUUGCCGUGUCUUGAGCGUUCUCCAAGUUGCGUCGGUAUGCUAAAUGGCAACAAUACAUACCCGGGGCGAGAUUUAUCUCCCUUUUAUAUGACAUGCCUAGGGGAGAGAACUCAAACAGUAGGAAUUUGCAGAUUUGGAGUGUAUGACCCUACUUUAAGAGCUUGCACCACGGAGUUGGAUCCAGUUUCAAUCCAAGACUUUUGCACGAAGAACCCAUCAGGGAUCAUUCCACACUACACCAAUUGCGCUCGUUACUAUAACUGUAGCACCGCCGCACUGACACCUGGCGGUAACAGCUACCUUCAGGAAUGUUUGUAUCCUCAACUCUUCAAUCUGGACGCUCUGACCUGUGACCCCUACCAGACCGUCCAAUGUACUUUCAGAUUUGAGCCGAAAGGACCAUGUGAAUAUUUACAGAAUCAAGUCUGCCAAGACGGGUCAAACAAUUGUCUCCCCUGUGAACAAAGAAUUCCAAGCUGCAAUGGUCUAGAGAACGGCAACGAAUCUUUCGUUGGUCGUGAUAAUUUCUACAUUGUAUGUCAAGAUGAGAGGACACUGUUUGUCAGGGAAUGUAUCGGUGGAAAGUUUGAUCCUCUGAGUCGUACUUGCAAGGCUCCACCGCCGGGUCCAGAAUUUGACAUAAGCACAGUAGGCCUCGUCGUCAGUUACCCGCGGUAUAUACCGUACUCCACAAUCCUCUGCGAUACUGCACAGCUAUCCGACAGACAUUGUGCCAGCCCCCUAUCAUGUGCCCAGUAUGUCGACUGUGCCGCCCAACUCACCGGUCUUGGAAACUACAAGAAAGAGUGCCCGUAUCCACAACUGUUUGAUGAAAACUUAAAGAGCUGUUUACCGUAUAAUGUGGUGAACUGUUUAAGUCGAUUUGAGCCCAUCGAUCCAUGUGAAUAUGAAGCUAAUCUCCGAUGUCCGGACGUCGGUGCUUGUCUCCCGUGCCGCGACCGGUACGUCAGCUGUAAAGGCAACAUGAACGGAAAUUUCAGCAUCCCAGGACGCCCUUCAGAAUAUAAAAUAUGUUUGGACGAACGAACCAUUGAGGUCAGAAAGUGCGCCGGAAACGGCAUAUAUGAUCAGACGCUUGGAGGAUGUCAGAUUUCUUUUGACCCAGCUGACCCAGCUCCGUAUUGCUCCGUGUAUCCAAAUGCAUUGAUUGGCAAUCCAGCGAAUUGCGCUCAAUUUUACGACUGCCGUCAACAGAAUACGAUGUUCGGAAACUACCUUCGGGAAUGUCCGUAUUUACAGCUGUAUUCGGAAUCUGAUAAAACAUGUCACGCAUUUGAGAGAGUAAUUUGUGGCCUAAGACCUGAACCUAAAGCCCCAUGUGAAUAUCUUCAAAAUCAGCAAUGUUACGAUCCAAAUGGAUGCGCUCCAUGUGAAGUUUCGAAGCCAAGCUGUAAGGGUCUACCAGAUGGUAACAACACAUUCCCCGGCAGAGGAAAGGAGUUCAUUGUUUGUGCAUCCGAAAGAACUAUUGGCAUGGAGAUUUGUGAAUUCGACUAUGAUCCGAAUCAACGCAGAUGUGGCCAAGACAUGACAAAUCCAAUGAUAUUUUGCUCCGUACUACCAACUGAUAAGUUAAUACACCCAACUCGGUGCGGACAGUUCUAUGAUUGUUCGAGACCCAACAGCCGGUUUGGUGAGAUGUACCUACAAGAGUGCCCCUACCCAGCUUUAUAUGAGCCUCGUUUGAAAGCAUGCUUAGAUUUCACUGAGGUUACGUGUGGAAACCGAGUCGAGCCAAUAUCACCAUGUGAUUACAUGUCUAACGGUUGUCAAGGGCGUGGUCAAGCCUGUCUACCAUGUUCAGAAAGGUUUGUGUCUUGUGUUGGCCGACCAGACGGAAACAAUAGUUACCCUGGUCAGGAUAUGACUAGGCGAUAUGUCGUCUGCCAGACCGGAAGAACAGUCGGCGAUGGUGUGUGCAGCUCGGGAUAUUUUGACCCAGUUAGACGUAUUUGUGCAACUAGGUUAGAUUCAGUUUCAAUCCAGCUCUUCUGUCAGCAGAACCCGGAUGUUAUUCUAGCAAACCCUCUCAAUUGUGCGCAGUAUUUUGACUGUACCCCUGCCAGCGUCACUGAAGGAACCUUCUUAAGAGAGUGCCCGUAUCCGAUGUUGUUUUCACAGGAGACUUUAGUGUGUCAAGAAUUUACCAACGUAACAUGCGGUCUUCGAAUGGAACCCAUGAAGCCUUGUCAAUAUCUUCAAAAUAUCUGUGAUCCAAGACAGCCUGGUUGUACACCCUGUAAUCAGAAAUUCCCCAGUUGCAGUGGUCUUCCGGACGGAAAUAAUGCCUACCCUGGCCGGGAAAUGACCGAAGACUACAUUCAGUGUAGACAAGGACGUACUGUCGGCACCCGGAAGUGCGCUGUAGGAGUUUUCUUCCCUAACAGGAGAGAAUGUAACGUUGUUCUUAACGAGCAGAUGGCCUCACAAUAUUGUCGUGCAAACCCAACAGAAAUUUUACCGCAUCAGUCCAAUUGCGCACAGUACUAUGACUGCCGACAAGCCGUCGGCGGAAGUUAUCUUAGAGAAUGUCGGUAUCCUCAGCUGUUCCUUGAAGCCAACCAAACAUGUAGGAACUUCUCCGACGUCGAUUGUGGUACCCGACGAGAGCCUCAAGCCCCAUGCGAAUAUUUACAAACUCAGUGUCUUCAGAACGCUGUCAACUGUACACCAUGUCCCGAGCGUCUACCGAGUUGUAUUGGACUUCCGGACGGCAAUAACCCGUUCCCCACCCGUCCAAGCUCUCAAUAUUACGUCAAGUGUUUCCAGAACAGAACAGUCGCUGUUGAGGUCUGCCAAGUGUCACUGUUUGAUCCACUUACCAGAGAAUGUUCCAAUGUCAUUGAUGCAAAUGUACUAAGUGGCUUCUGUCAAGAAAACCCGUCAGUAUUGAUCCCUGAUCCAUUACACUGUGCCCGCUACUACAACUGCAGUGAUAUGGGGGUCCAGACUGGUCUUGGAAUACCCCACUUACAGGAAUGUAAAUAUCCUCGACUCUUUGGGUAUGGAGCUACCAGUUGUCAACUAUUCACAGAAAUUCAGUGUGAUAAACGCUAUGAACCAAAAGCACCCUGCGAGUAUGUAGAAAACCAAUGUUUCAACGCCACCUGUGAACCUUGCGAGCAGAAUUACCCAAGCUGUGUCGCAAAACAAGAUGGCAGCAACAUAUUUCCGGGAAGGGAGGGAACUGAGUACUAUAUCGUCUGUUACAAAGAUAGAACAGUUGCUAUCGUCACGUGUACGACCGGAUAUUACAACCACGCAACACGGUCAUGUGAAGCUAUCAACCCGAACACCGGAGCGAUUGGUGGCUCUGGAAGUGUUAUUUAGUCAUGUGGCCAUAUAAAAAAAGUCUUAGCACUUUCUUUAAAUAACUUACGAGACAUUUGUAAAACCUAUUUAUAUAUUUUUAUAUAUUUUGAAAUAUGUGUAUUAGUUUAUAAUGAACCAACGUUAAAAUGAGAACGGGUUACCUUGUCGGACCGCAUGCUUUAUUGGUGUGUAGGUACUUUAAUGAUAUUUCCAGAAAAAAAAACUGCAUACUACUUUGCGUCAUUUAUGGAUAUUUGCAGCAUGAAUUUGUUUUAUCCAAUUUCUUAAGUGGAGGUAGUAACAAAACAAUUGUGGGUAACUACUGUAACACCAUGCUUGUAGUAUUAGGUUAUGCAGAAGCCAAUUUUAAUGAUCAACUACACUUUUGAUUAAAUAUAUCGUUAAAUUUGGGUAUGUUCAUAGAUAUGGGCGUAAAUGAUGUAUUUUUAUCAUUUGAAAUGAUGCAAAUGCGAUACUAUAUAAAAGAUCAUUGAUAAAUUGUUAUUUCGAGUUAUAUGCCUUCCAAAGACCUUUAUUUCUGGAAAUCUUUAAACAAAUUAGUAUAUAUUUUUUCAUGAUGUCUCGUUUCAUUUUGUCAUUGACCAUUGACUGAUUGAAGCUUUUGAAUAGCAAAAAGCAUUAGUGUAUACUGUUAUUUUGAAAGAAAUUUGCUUUAUUAAAAUCAACGUUGAAACGUGUUCUGCUGCUUGAAAAAAAAAUUCUGCUUAUCAGGCUGAAAUACCUAUUCACUCAAAAAAAUAUAAUUAUGUUAGUAAGCUUUUGUAUAUGGCAUUUUAAAUUGAAUGUUAGAAUUCUCUAUGAAGUAAUUACAUGUAUUUUUAAUCACAUAUUAUGACAGAAAAUUGAAUUUGUCUUUAAAUAAAAUCAAUUCUAAGUUUAAUGUAAUUCUUUACAAGACCGCAAAUACCAUAUUCUAUACUUGAAUGCGUAUAUUGCAAACAUCCAGGCAAUGGUUCAUUCGAGCGUUACAAUCGACCAUUACCUGGAUAUGACGUAAUAAUACUUUUAAAGGUACAUAUAUAUUGAUUUAGAUACAUAAAUAUUGAAACAUUUUAACUCUUUCUUUCAAGGAGUGUGCUUUCUUCCUAUCGCCCAUUAAGUGUUUACGUAUCAUCUAAACUGAUAAAAGCAUGACCAGUUUGAGCAUAAUUUUAUAUACCUCCGUAUUUUGUGUGGAUAUGUCAGGUAUUGAAUGAAUAAAAUAGUAUUGUCUAUA